AACAAUUCGCGACUACGAAGUUGAGUUUGACAGCUUAUGUGUGUGAAGUGGAGGUAAACAAGAAAAGAUAAAAAAGUAAUAAAUUUUCAAACGUACCGUUUUAUGCUAUUUUCGCUACUCAGUUUGAAAUGGUAAAUUGGAAUGUUUUUAAAAAUUUUUGACGAUGCUAAUUUAGUUGAUAAAUAUAAAAUGAAUACAAUAAGUGAUGCUUAUUUUCCCGAGUAAAAAACAGCUGUUGGUAUCUCAAAAAAAAAACUGGAUGUUUUCUACUCAUGGUGUGCCAUUAUCAAGUUAUGCGUAUGGUGUGUUGAUGAACUUGCCGGAUGUUUUCAGCUUCGCUGCUGGAAUUAGCAAUUUGGUAGUCAAACGCCAACGGGUAUUCCAGGCUGGUUACCUCCUGAUAAUUGCAUUAGAUGAGUGCCGAACCGCGCACAAUGAAAAUCGCUGCAAAAACUACUUCGGAUAUAUAUCAGGCCACAAGAUUGAGAGAUCUGUUUCGGACGAGUUGGAAAACUUUCAAAUUUGGAACCAUUUCGUGGGAGUUUUCUCAGGUACAUGAGGUAAUGCCGAAAGUUGAAGAAUUGCUGAUGCUGGGAGAAAAUAAUUACUAAAAAAUAAAAACUAUAUCAGGAAACAAAAUGUUCUAAAA